GCGGGGCGGGACUCGUCAGGCAGCCGGCGUGCGGCUGAACUUGCGGCAGAAGCGGGAAUCUGCAUACCUACAUGUAAGAGAAGCAAAAAUGUCAGAUGAUAUCCGGAAAAGGUUUGAAUUUCCAAAUUCUCUUAUCCAAUCGCAGGCUGUGGGCCAUCUUAUUGCUGCAGUCCUGAAGGAAAAUGGUUUUUCAGAAAAGAUCCAUCAGUCCACAAACCAGACUCCUGCUUUGAACUUGCUGUGGGAGAAGUGUUGCAGUGAUAAUGUAGUGGUUCGAACAGCCUGCUGUGAGGGGCUGGUGGCACUUGUUGCUCAGGAUCAUGCGGAGUUCAGCUAUGUCCUCAAUGGGAUACUCAACCUGAUUCCAUCGACCAGGAAUACACAUGGCUUGAUAAAAGCCAUUAUGAAAUUAUUACAGAUGCAAGCUGUUAAGGAAGGACAAGCUGGGGAGAAGAAUAUUGAGAAUAUAUAUUCUAUUAGAAAUCAUCCUCAGCCUUUGAUCACUGUGCUUGAACACAGACCUGAUUGCUGGCCAGUACUUUUGCAGCAGCUGACAGCUUUUUUCCAGCAGUGCCCUGAAAGGUCAGAAGUGUCAUGCGUCCAAAUAAUGUCCCCAUUUCUGUGGUAUCUAUAUUGUGAACCAUCCCAGUUACAAGAAUAUGCUAAACUUAGACUAGCCCUACUGAAAGUCUUACUUCAACCCUGGGUUUCUUGUGACAAAGAACAGCCAUCAACGUUGGAACAGCAGAUACUUCAGCUGUGUUGCGACAUGGUUCCAUGUUUACAGAUAAAAGAUUUGAUGCAGACAACAGAAGUGAUGCUGUUUAUCGAGGAAGUAUAUUUAAGCCUUUCGCGUCAUCCUGUAUUCUGGAAAUUUCAGCUUACCCAGCUGACCCUUCAGCUGCUGUGUGUCUGUGAAGUGAGCUUAAAGAUAACUGGGGAAUGCUCAUCUUUAAUUCACCUUUUGGAGCACAGUGUUGAACUUCUGAGGGAGGAUUUUCCUGUUGAGCUGGUCAUAAUUGGAAUAGCUUUAUUGCUUCUACAGACUCCAGCAAGUCAGCAGAAGCCAAUCUUAAGUCUAGCUUUGAAGCUCCUCUCUUUUGCUGAGGGUCAGAAAAUUCCAAAGUCAUCCUCGCUGCUAGUAAUGCCAGUUCUGCAGAUACUAUCUUCUACUGCCUUGGAAGAAUGCAUAUCCAUGGAUGAGGACAGUCCCUCGAGGCAGCAGUUGGCUCUAAAACUUUUGGAAAUGGUACAGCAGGAGUGCUAUAGAGACAAUCACCAGAAGCUUUCCUACAAGCUUGUGUUUCCCAUAACCAGCAUGUAUGGUUCAAUAUUAACAGCCUGGAGGAUCCUUGAAGUAAUGAAUGAAGAAUCUGCAGUGAGUGACUGGUUGGCUUCAGUAGAGUCCUUGCUCCCUAUUACUACAGUGAUCCCUGUGCAUGUUUUUCUUCUGUUGGUUCACCUCCUAGUUGAAGAUAAAGGACAAAAUCUUCGCCAAAUACUGAAGGUCACUACAGAAUUAGCCCAAGCAGAUUCUUCUCAGGUGCCAAAUUUGAUUCCAGUUUUGCUGUUCAAAUUGGGAAGACCACUGGAACCUGUAUUAUACAAUGAUAUCUUAUAUACUUUACCUACACUUGGUGUUCACAAGGUGUGCAUAGGACAAAUUCUACGAGUAAUCCAACUUCUUGGAACCACUCCACAUCUAAGGGCUGUCGCUUUGCGCUUGUUGACAUCUUUAUGGGAGAAGCAGGAUCGUGUCUAUCCUGAACUGCAGCAAUUCAUGGCCAUGUCCGAUAUGCCCUCUCUGUCUGUGGGCAAGGAAGUCCAAUGGGAAAAACUGAUUGCUAAAGCAGCAUCGAUCAGAGACGUAUGUAAGCAAAGACCGUAUCAGCACGGAGCAGAUAUGUUGGCAGCUAUUUCACAGGUGUUGAAUGAAUGCACCAAGCCUGAUCAAGCUACUCCAGCGGCCUUGGUGUUACAAGGUCUUCAUGCACUCUGCCAAGCUGAGGUCGUUUGCAUUCGCUCCACUUGGAAUGCUCUCUCCCCGAAGCUGAGCUGUGACACGAGACCGCUCAUUUUGAAGACCCUCAGUGAACUGUUUUCUCUGGUUCCUUCCUUAACAGUCAAUACAGCUGAAUAUGAGAAUUUUAAAGUUCAAGUCCUCAGCUUCCUCUGGACCCACACCCAAAACACGGAUCCAGUUGUAGCUAAUGCUGCAUAUAAAUCUCUGUCACACUUUAGCACUGGAGAGCACACCAUUCUUCAUCUGCCUGAACAGAUAAGACCAGAAAUCCAUAUUCCUGAUGAGCUAGAUGAAGAUGAAGAAGAAGAUGACGAGGGUGACGAAAAGGAUGUGGAUCUUUCAGUUCCUGGCUCGUGCUAUCUCAAACUGGUGUCAUUCACCUCACCUUUGGUUUUACCAGCUUUGGAGGAAUUUUUUACAUCGCUCACGAAGCAAGAAAUGGUGAAUAUGCCCCGUGGGGUGUAUCACCUGGCAUUAAAAGGAGGUGCUCGCUCAGACCAAGGAAAGACAGUAGCAGGAAUUCCCAAUUUUAUGUUGAAAAUGUAUGAAACAAACAAGCAACCAGGUUUGAAACCUGGCCUUGCAGGUGGCAUGUUGUUUUGUUACGAUGUUUCAAUGUACCAGAGUAAAGAUGGCAAACCUUUGAAUCGACUGAUGGCCAGUAGAGGGCGUAGUUUCAAGCAGACCUCGCUUGCUCUAGUGCAUGAGGUUCACAUCCAACUUUCGGAGUGGCACCGGGCCAUUUUUCUCCCACAGGCGUGGCUUGCAUAUAUGACUCGAGCUUAUCAUGCCAUUUUACAGGGAAGAAUAGCAGAGCUGGAGUUGCAGUUAAAACAUGGAAAAGAAGGCGCUGAGGAGGUGCAACACAAAAAAAGCGCAGCCUGGCUCUGGGUUCGAGACAUGUUGACAGAUGAGAUCACCAAGUCGGCUGCAAAGGACAGCCCAGUGGUUAAAGGCAAUGCACUGUUAGCCUUAAGCAGCCUUGCUGUCGUCGUAUCCAAACAUGAAGCCAGCCUCUCUUCAGAUGCCGAGGGGGUCCUGGAGGUUCAACCUAAUUUCCUUUCAAUGAAAGAGUGGGUUUCCAUGGUAUCUGAUACUCUCCUGGUCAUUGUGGACAACCACUACCAACCCAGAGGACAACUUUUCUCCUCGUUUUAUUAUAAAUCCUAUUCCGGUGAAAACACAGCUAGUGCCAUCGCCCGUUCUGCGGCCGCCGCGGCUUUGUCUCUCCUGGUGCCAGUUUUCAUUAUCUCUUGCAAAGAGAAGGUUGAGGAAAUCCUGAACAUGCUGACUGCCAGGUUACCUGGGAAACCAAGCGCUGAUGAGUCUCAAGCUGUGCAAAUCCACAUGGGCCUUGCUUUGGGGAUGUUUCUCUCUCGCUUGUGUGAGGAGAAACUCAGUGAUAUUUCUGGCCAACAGAUGAACCUUCUUCUGAUGAAGUCCUUGGAUGCUCUGGAAAACUGCUGCUUUGACACUAGUCUUGAAUACAACACGGGCUGUAUCCUGGGAGUUGGACUUGUUCUGUCCCUCAUGAGCCACAGCAGCCAAACAGAGUCACGAGUUCAUGUGGCAGCAUCACUUCGCAAGCUCUCCACGCAUCUCGAUGGCAGCGGGAGCCAGAGCAGGACGUUUCAGGAGGUCCUUGCCUAUACCCUUAGCUGUGUGUGUACAUCAGCAUUCAGCGCUGGAAUCAUUGAAGCUGCAGAGGCUGAAGACAUUAUGAACAAGCUUCGACUGUUGGUAGAGAACAACCAGCAGACUUCCGGUUUUGCCUUGGCAUUAGGAAACAUCAUUCAUGGUUUGUCCGUGUGUGGACAUGGAAAAGCUGAAGAUUUGGGCAACAAGCUGCUCCCUGCCUGGAUCAGAACUGUGUUAGCAGAGGGCACAUCCACAAUGCUUUGCUUGGCAGCUCUUCAUGGCAUGGUGGCCUUGGUAGGCUCUGAAGGGGAUGUAAUGCAGUUGAAGUCAGAAGCCAUCCAGAGCUCUCAUUUCCAAGCCAGACUUAAUGAAGUCAUUAGAACCUUAACACAGGUCAUCAGUGUGUCUGGGGUGAUUGGUCUUCAGUCCAAUGCAAUCUGGCUUCUAGGACAUCUUCACCUAUCUACUCUGUCCUCAAAUCAAAGUAGAACCUCUGUUCCUACUGACUAUAGCUAUUUGCCUGAAAGCAGUUUUAUUAGAGCAGCCAUUGGCUUCUUCAUUACAGGAGGGAAAAAAGGUCCUGAAUCUGUGCCGCCUUCCCUUCUCAAGGUGGUGAUGAAACCCAUAGCAACAGUUGGCGAAAACUACCAGUACCCUCCUGUGAACUGGGCUGCACUGCUCUCUCCACUUAUGAGGUUAAACUUUGGUGAAGAGAUACAGCAACUAUGCCUUGAAAUUAUGGUGACUCAGGCACAGUCAUCCCAGAAUGCAGCCGCACUGUUGGGACUGUGGGUGACGCCGCCGCUGGUCCACAGUCUUAGUCUGAAUAGCAAGAAAUAUCUCCUGGUAUCUGCACCUCUGUGGAUCAGACAUGUCUCCGAUGACCAGAUCCUGGGUUUUGUUGAAAACUUGGUGGUGGCAGUGUUUGAAGCAGCUUCCCCACUCUCCAGUCGUGAGUUGUGCCUGAGCGCCCUGCAGGGUCUGAGCCAAGCUGUGAAACUGCCCAGCCCUGCCCACCACCUCUGGAGCCUGCUCUGUAAAGCUACUGGGAAAAUUUUUGACCUUCUUCCAAGUAAGAUUCGGAGAAAUGAUUUAGAGCUUUAUAUCAGUGUAGCAAAAUGCCUCUCGGAAAUGACAGAUGAUGAAGCCAAUCGGGUUGCCCGGGUUACUGAGAGCAGCAUAGAAAAGGCUGCCUUUGUCAGACUGUACUUGGUCUCUCAAGGACGGUUCCCCUUGAUGAGCUUGACUGACAUGCUCGGUGUUGCCGUUCAGCACCAUGAAAAAGACACACUGGCCUGGAUGAUGCUGCACAGCUUAUACCAUGCACGGAUUGUGGGCCACGUGAACACAGGUGUGUUGAAGAGAAUGGAAUGGCUCUUGGAACUGAUGGGUUAUAUCAGAAACGUUACUUACCAGUCAGCACCUGUGCAGAAUGUGGCUCUUGCUGAGGCUCUGGACUUUUUGUUGCUGAUAUUUGCAACCGCAGUGGUUGCAUGGGCAGACCAUGCUGCCCCUCUCCUCCUCGGUCUCAGUGCCAGUUGGUUGCCAUGGCAUCGAGAAAAUGACCCAGCUGAGCCAGCAUCAAGCUUCCUUGGCAGAAGUCCAAUGCACAGGGUCACUCUGCAGGAGGCUCUCACUCUCCUUCCCAGUAGCAUGCUUCUUCUGCUGCAGAAAGAGCCAUGGAAGGAACAGACCCAGAAGUUCAUUGACUGGCUAUUCAGCCUCAUGGAAAGCCCUAAAGAAGGCCUCUCUGCAAGAUCCAGGGGUCUUUUAAGAGCCACCCUGCUGUCCUUACGAGUUCUCCCAGAGUUUAAGAAGAAAGCCGUAUGGACAAGAGCGUAUGGUUGGUGAACAGUUUCGCCAUAGCCAGCCACAUUCUCAGCUGGAAGAGGAAAACCACGCAAAUGGAAGAAAUGUCUCAGAAUACGCACCUGGGAUCACCGAGAUUUGAUGCAGAGAGUUAACGAACAGCCUGAACCAUGAGUGCCACGAGAUCGGGCAUUGCUCUGGUCCCCAGGCCAGUGGAGACUGAAAAUUGAACUUUCUUUUAUUUGGCUAGAGUUCAGUCUUAAGAUUUUCAUUGUAUAUAAGCUCCUCCCCUCCAAAAAAAAUUCUAGUAAAAUAAUCUCUUGGGUUUUCUGAUUUUAUUUGCUUUAAGGUGUAGGUAAGAUUUUACUAGCAAAACCAAACCGUAGUAGUGACAGAGGCAUUAUGAUCUAUUUCCCAUUAAGUGUCUCAAGGAUAUUAAUUGACUCAAUGAGUUAGACAUCUUUUCUUAUUCUUAUUGAUGAAGCAACUCUCUUGGAACUGCUAUACACAUUUAAAUAAUAAGCGUGAUGUUAAACAUUAGCUAAAUCAGAUUCAUUACCAAUGGCUAUAAUUUUCUUAUACUUGAGUCUCUUGAAUGCAAGUGAAAGUUACCCAGUUGAAGAUGACUUCUGCUAAAAAGGAGAAUAUACCUUAUUCACAAACCAAGAAUUAAAGAGUGGAUCUGCAUAGGCACAGCCGUAUCCGAUGAGCCCAAAAACGCCAUCAGGCUCUGUCCCUCUCAGGGUCACUCCACAGAGUCGCCGAGACGGCCGCCAGCAACCUCAAAGAAAGGAAUGCUGUCCUUGCUCCCAGGUGUGGCAGUAGCGAUAGGAGGAGGACUCCAACUCAUCUUGUGUCACGUGAGUCCCUCGGAAGCGGCGUCUAAAUGACCAGGCCUGGGUCAUAUGUCCCCCUCUACCGGGUUUCCCCAGAAGAAAGAUUAUGGGAUGCUAGGCAAGCAAAAAAUGACAAAUACCUCCUUGAAAGAUUGAUCUUUUUUAUAAGUACAAAUCUCUAUCUUAAUCAGGAUGACUAGAGGCCUAAUGACAAGUAAAUGAAGGUAUGUGACAGUAUCCUUGAGGGUUGCAUUUUACUCAAGGGCUUGAGAAUCAGGCAGCAUUUUAAUUUUGAUGUUUGCUAAUGACUGCCUCAUGCAGUCAUUAAUCAGGGCUGUCAUUAGCCAAUCUUAUAAACAUACCGCUGUAUACAUACACAGGAUCGUGGGGGGAGUCUUGUCAUUGGACUAGCGUAGUUUUGUGUCUGUCAUGCUAUGGUGCAGUGCCUGCUGCUUUGUAAGCACAGCGGAAAUUUCAGCAUUCUCAGGUGACAUUACCUCGAUGUUGUCACAAAGUGUACCUACUUAGGAUAAAACAGAUCUAUUAGUUUUGUUUUUCAAAUAGCUGGGUUUAUGUUUUUAGGUCUCACAUAAUUCUGUUUCACUGUGUAACUUGCAUUCUGUUCCCAGGUCACAGUUCUUUCUUUUGCUGAGAUACCUACAGGAAAAAAAAAAAAAAGGAAGGGAAAGCGAACUCUCAGGUAGUAUUUAUCCACAUUGCCAAUAUUUCAUAUAUAUUCUUCUUUAGAGGCGGAGCUAAAAGGAAAUGAAUUUAAAGGAAGCAGAAAGGUAGAAAAUUUGUUAGAAGCCAGCUUCCCUCUUUUUCCCACAUACAGUUUCUCAUACUUCCCUCAAUGAGAGGUUGAAAUUUAUCUAAUAUUUAUUGUUACAUGCCAGACUGUUAGUGCACUAGAGCUUUCAUUUGUAUAAUCUUACUUAACUCCUGAAACAAGACUGUGAAGAGACAUUACUUUCUAUUUUUAAAUGGAGAAAACACAUAAGUAGCAGAGCUAUUCCUCGAACCAAGCUCCUAGAAGAGAAAUUCACAUCCAAUUCUCUUUCUAUUACAUCAGGCUCAUUAACACGCACUUUAAGAUGGAAACUUCCACCAAGUAUUAAACCUUGAUUUUAAUAUGCUUAUGGUUUAAUAUGCUUUAUUAAACCUAUGGCUUAAUAUGCUUAAUGUAGAUUGCUGUAGUGAGAUCAAAGAAAUAACCCUGCCUCAUGUUAGUAAGUCUCUGGAAUUGGGAAGUUUAGGAGCUACGGUGCACAGGAACAGGUCCUUCGUGGGCUGAAGGACUGUAGAUCCCUGGACCAGGUUGCAAACAUGGAUGGCAAUAAAGAAUAGGGAAGAGGAAGUGGGCACUGAAGAAAUACUCCGCAAUUUUCUCCCUGAGAGAAAGCUGACUAGUGCGCAAGGAAAGGAUGAAGAAUCAGCCUAGACUUCGGAACCCAAAUGCCUGUUUUGAUUCAGCCCAUUCCCAUUCGACCUGUGUCCCUGCUCCUCCUGCCCUUGACAAGAAAACAGAAGAGUACAAAGGGAGGAAAUGAGAUAUACCUUAUCCCCUCUUCCCUGGCUCCUGGUUUUUGUCUCCAGCAGUCUUGAGCAUAAAAUUUGUAGGAUUUUCCUAUUCACGGGAGGCUCUAAAGAGUCUAAAACAGAAGAUUCUAAAUUUGAAAACCUAAAAGUUUUAAAAUCUCAACAUUUUACGAUAUAGGUCACUGGAAUAGUAACACCCAUUCACUUGGUUACCUGUAUGACCUGAAAUAAGAAUUAAUUAUUCCCUUAGGAUAUUUCACUUCUUUCCCUAAAAACCAGAAAUCCCUGCUUUU